CGGCUGCUGCAGGGCGUGGAGCGCAAACAGGUAAAGGUGCUCCAGAAGACUCGCACUAUCAUCAGGGAAGUCUCUGGAUUUACCCGCUGCCGCUUCUGUUUCAGCGUUUCAUUAGAAGCCUUCUGCGCAGCGGGACCAUGCAUAAGAAGGAGAAGCCCGAAGCGGUGAACCGUCCAGACAACACCGCCUUCACCCAGCAGAGGCUCCCGGCGUGGCAGCCCAUCCUCUCAGCGGGCAUCGUCAUCCCCCUCUUCUUCAUCGUCGGCCUCAUCUUCAUCGGCAUCGGGGUGGCUCUGUUCGUCACCUCCAGGGGCCUGCAGGUCAUGGAGCUGGACUACACCGGGGUGGAGCAGAACUCGCCCUGCUUCUCCUGCUCAGACCCCAUCACCCAGAAGAACUGCAAGUGCACCCUGAACUUCAGCCUGGACAAGCUCUUUGAGGGCCCGGUCUUCUUUUAUUACGCCCUGUCCAACUACUUCCAGAACCAGAGGACCUACGGAGCAUCCAAAGACGCCUAUCAGCUGUCUGGAGAUGUGGCCUACUUUACGAGUCCAGAUUCAAGCUGUUCUCCGUACCAAUACGAUGCUAACGACAAACCCAUUGUGCCCUGUGGCUCAUUACCAAACAGCAUGUUCAACGAUACAUUUGCGCUCUAUCAGCUGGUGAACGGGCAGAAGAAGGUGGUACCUCUGGACGGCAAAGGGAUCGCCUGGUGGACGGACUACAACGUCAAGUACAGGAACCCCUCCGUGACCCCGCUCAAGGACGCCUUCAAUGGUACUGUGAAGCCCCCGUUCUGGCCCAAGCCCGCGUACGAGCUGGACACCGCAGAGCCUUCCAACAACGGCUUCAUCAACCAAGACUUCCUUGUGUGGAUGAGACGCGCUGCCCUGCCCAACUUCAGGAAGCUGUACCGGAGAAUCACAGAGGGGGACUACGCUGAGGGGCUGCCCGCGGGAAACUACACUCUGGAGAUCAACUACAACUACCCGGUCCUGAACUUCGACGGGAGGAAGAAGGUGGUGUUCAGUAACGUCUCCUGGAUGGGCGGCAAAAAUGAGUUCCUGGGCAUCGCGUACCUGGUGAUCGGCUCCCUCUGCAUCGUCAUGUCCCUGGUCAUGCUCAUCGUCUACGCCAAGUUCAAGUUCCCCGAAGAAGACUAGGAUUUUAAACCACCACUGCACUUCUGGAUUACAGCCAUAGUAUAAUAUUUUAUUUUAAUGGAUUCAGACUUUUAAAGGUGAUUAUUAUUAAUGGCAAGAUGUUAUUACUUUGUCUGGAAUGUUUCACAGUAUGGCAUUAAACCUUUCUAUCUUCGUGGAGACCGAACCGGACCAAGUUACAGGUCAGAUCUGUGGAGAGACGACCCCACUGAAUGCUUUUCUUGGUAUUUUUGAGCUUUAAAACCACCUGUAAUUGAAUAAAUGUUAGUUAGAGGUGUUAAAUGCCAUACCUUGGAGCAUUUCAGACAGAGCAAUGACAUCUCCAUAAAAACGAGCAGGGGACGGACUUUCCAACAGAAUUCCACCUUACCCAAAGCACCUUUAAUAUCAGCUUGAAAAUAAUUAGUCGAUAUAUGAGGUUUACGUACGAUUUCGAUAAAACACAGGUUAUUGCCGUAGGAAAGUAAAUAUGGAUUUUAGCUGAAUUCAGAAUGAUUAAGUGCAUAUGACAGGUUUUUUAACGUUCUCUAAUUUUGGCUGAAUUCGGUGAGAUAAUAUGUACUAUAAAUAAUUGUAAAGACUUUCCCUAGUGAAGAAACAAUGUGAGGAAAAGCUGAAAAUAUGGUGAAACGUAUUGAUGACAUUACAUUAAGAGCAGCCUAUCCCAAAGUUAAGCACAAUUUAUAUAUAAUUUCCAGCCAAGAAGUAAAGAUUUUAAGAUAAAACUGGUUUCCUGAGCAGCCUGUCUUGUCUACAACCUGUUUAAAUCCAGAAGCGAUUGAAACUGGCCCAUAGAGUGUGAAAAACCUUCAUCCAAACUUGAAACGCUCCAAUCACAGCUGCUCAUUUGCAAAUUUUUGUGUCUCUCAAAUGCAAAAGACUUCUCCUCUUGAAAAUUCUUGUAUCGUUCAGAACAAAAAAUAUCACCUCCUUUAACUGAGAUAAGUAAAAGUUUGGUGCUUUGAUUGUUGAUUCUAAGAAAAUCCAUGCUGUUUCUCAGGCCUCUAUGUUGUUUUUUUUUUUUUUUGACAAAAAAACUGACAAAAAAACAGUCAGGGACACCAGAUCCACUCGUCUUUGUAAAGUUUUGUCCCAGUGUGUGGUUCUGGCUGGUCAGGUAAUAAAAUUGGUCAAACUGGGGGAAAGAAAGGUCAAAGUUUGUGCUUAAAAUUUAAAUAUGACGUUACUAUAUUUUAGUAAAAUUAUUAAGUCUAAGUCUAACCAGUCAUAGGCACUUUAAAUCAUGUUUUGAGAAAAUUUGAACUCUUUUAGAUGGUCAUUCUCACCACUUGGGGUUGGACAAUAUUUUGGAACCAAGUAUAAAGGCAAAUAAUUGUUGUCAAAAUGAAGAUAAAAAUUUGAAAUAAUUUUGAACUCUUUGUAAUUACUGAAAACUUGAUAAAGAAAUCUCUGACGUUUUUAGGUUUAAAGCUAUUUUGUUUGUGAAUACUGUUUCAUAAAUCUUGUUUGCUGAAUAGGUUAUCAGGUGAAUAUUUUUGCAGGUUCUUUCAGAGGAUCUACAGUACCUCUCUUUGUGCCAUAAUAAGAUCAUAGACUUUUUAUAGAGUUUAUGUAUUUUUAGGAUACAGCCAUGACAGGAGGUGUGAUCAUCGGUGUGUAAAUGAUGUACAUGAGUAUAGCUCAGGGAUAUCCAAUGUUAUUAAAUGAUUGUGUCGUUUUAUUCUCUAUUUAUUCAAUAAAAGAGUGUGGAAAGUA